AUGUCUACUGCAAAUGAAACAGACAUCGAGAAUCCAACAAUAUUUUUCAAACUUGGACUUCAAAUAUAUACCAGCUUUCUCCUGAUUAUUGGGCUUCCUGGAAAUGCUAUCAGUGGCUAUAUUAUGGCCACUGAUCAGACAAACCGAAUAACUACUCGGAUUCUUAUGGUCAUAAUCGCUGCUGCUGAUACAGCCGUCCUACUUACCGGCGUAACACGAUAUUGGUCCAACGAAGUACUUGGUUUCGAUUUUAGGAACUAUUCCGACUUAAUAUGUAAAGUACAUGUGUUUGCCUUUGCAUUUUUCACAGAUUUUGCUGUUGGAUCUCUUUGCGCUGUCGCAGUCGAGCGUUUUCUUGUCGUGGCAUUUCCUCACCAUGCAAACACUUUUACUUCCAUCAAGUCGGUGUGCUUUGGAAUGGCUACAUUCGCAUUUGUUCUCUCUAUUAAGAAUGGCAUUCACUUAUUUAUGAUGGGUCUCUUGGAAAUAACUGGUGCAUCAGACGAAACAUUCCAUGCCUGCAAGACCAUUGCCAAAUACCAUAAAUUUAUGGAAGUAUUUAAAAAGAUUGACUUCAUUACAUUUGCCGUCAUCCCAUACAUCAUUCUCUUUUCCUGCAAUUUGUAUAUUUACUGUAAAUUGAAAAGACAGCGUCGCUUACUCCAAACAACUAUAAAUAAACGACAAACAAAAAUUAACAAGUCCAUUUUGCUUGCCAGUUCUCCUACACCCGGAACUUAUACCAACACUGACAAUAUGGAGAGUGAAGUUGCCGAUAAAAAUUCUGAACUCAUGCCGAAUUCAAUGAUCGACGGGGAGAAAAGAAAUCACUCAAAAAAUGUAUCUUCAAGACAGGAACGACGAAAGAGAAAGCCAGAAGAUGUUAUUAAGGUAUUAACGGCUCUGACUGUGGUGCAUGUUGUUUGUACGCUUCCAGGAACUAUUUUAACCCUCGUCUCGGAUUACAAACACCUUUCAGUACCAAUAGAGAUAAAGCAAUUUCUGGUAAUCUUCAUUUUUACCAACAAUGCAAUAAACUUUUUUGCCUACUUGGCUUCCAGUGAGCGAUUUCGAAAGAAGCUUGCAAGGAUUCUCUGCUGCGAUUGGAAGAACCAGCACUGA